GUUCAGACAUGAGUGCGCUCUUGCACGGGUUUGAGCGCGCGGCGUCACAAUAGGAACGCGUUCCUGCGUUAUCCUCCCGUCUCGCGCACGCAGAACCUCGCCAAAAGCCGAUGUUAGCGCAGGCUCGUGGGACCUGAUUUGGUUGGAUCGCUUUGGGGAUGUUUCCUCGGAAGGUGUCGAGGAGAAAACGUGCAAAUAAAUUUUGUGUUUUUUAAGUCCCCCACCCCAGUUGCCGUUCUUUUCUUUUUUUCAAAAGACUAUUCUGUUUUUGUUUUUGUUUUUUUUCUUUUUUGGUUACGGUUACUUGUUGCCAUGGGGGAUGUGAUUUCUACCCACUUGGAUGAGGAAAGGCGAGGGAUAAUUACAGCAUGUACCAGGCAAGUGAUGGAGGAGUUCGGGAGGGUGUACAAGCAGCAGUAUGCGGUGGCGCUCUUUAACAGUGUGCGCUUCGAGAUCGAGGGGGGAGCGAGUGGCCAGUCCCAGCUCCUCCACCGCAGUGAUCCACUACAGGACAAGUCCAUCUUCUCUGGAGACCUGUUUCAGUAUCUGGAGGAGAACAAGAAAUGGCGGAAUCGCUUCAUCUACGUGGCUGACUCUUACAACAUCAGUUACUAUGAAAACAAGUUGGCCCAUGACAGAGGCCUCCAUCCCAAAGGUGUGAUCAGCUGUGCUGGGUACAAAGUCCUGAGUUCCAUGCAGGAGUAUCUGGAGUUGCUCAGCCACUCUCUGCCUGGUGUGAGGGCGAAGGCAGGCGACUCGCCCUUUCUGAAGUGUGCCUCCCCCUUCCUGCUCGUCCUGUGGCACCCCUACGCACGGCAUCACUACUUCUCCGUCAGGACUGAGAAGGAGCAGCAGAAGUGGCUUGCUGUCUUCCAGGACUGCGUCCGGCAUGCCAACAGCGGUCUACCAGAGGAGAACAGGGUGCUGACGCCAACUUUUACAGACUCCAUACGACUCUACAGGCAAGGCAAGGGACACUACGGCACCUGGGACAUGAUGUGUGGAGAUGCAGCACGAAUUCUGGCAAACCUCGUGAUGGAGAGUCUGUACGUGGAGCUCAGGUCACUGAUUGGGCCGCGUCUGAAGGGCAAGCUACCCCAGAGGCAGAGGGACUGGAUGCUGAUCUCGGACGCCAUGUACAGGCAGGUGAUUGCUCAUACACAAGUGCAGUAUGAGGCACUGGUCCAGGCCGCUGAGGUAGAGCGCCCCAGUCUGGAUGCUGCUUUCCGCAAAGACAUGGACCAGAUCAUCGCCUCCAAAGAGCAAGUGUAUGGAAGGAUCCGGGCAAUGAUGCACACGCGGUUGGAGCAGGUCCUUAGGACCAGUGUGCAGCCCUACAUCACCUCCAUGCUGGAGGAUCUGAUGGAGCCAGUGAGCAGAGGCUUCUACGAGGUCAGGGAUGUCCUCUUCCGUGAACUUGUGGACCUCAGCAAGAACACUCUCAAUGAUGGCGGCGCGGAGGCCCUGGGGAAGCACAUGGAGAGGCUCUCCAUGCUGGCCUUCCACCCCGUGAAGAUGCGGAGCUGUUACGAGAAGGUGGAGCAGCUGAGUCUGGAAGGCUUGCAGAAGAGGUUUGACGUGUCCAGCCCUUCUGUGUUCACACAGAGAGCUCAGAUCCUCAUGAGAGAGCAAAUGGACAAUGCCGUGUACACGUUUGAGCAGCUGCUGCACCAGAGUCUUCAAGGACAGUCAAGAGAGCAGGUCUACAAGACUGUCCAGUGCUGUCAGGACCGGGUACUGAAGAAGUACGACUAUGACAGUAGCUCAGUGCGCAAGAACUUCUUUAAAGAAGCGCUUCUGCAGCUCAUCGUCCCCUACAUGCUGAAACAGCUCUAUCCAGCCUACGCGGCUGACCUGCCUAGAUUCAGAGAGCUCAUCUUUGAGGACUUCUCCCGUUUCAUUUUGGUGGAGAAUGUCUUUGAGGAGGUCAUACUGCACUCUGUCACCAAAGACAUCAUGACCGCGGUGAAGGAAGCAGCUGUCCAGAGGAGGCACAACCUAUACAGGGACAGUAUGGUGCUGAACAACAGUGACCCCAACCUGAACCUGUUGGAGGAAAACCCUAUUGACUGGGCCAGCCAGUAUGGAGGAGGAGAGGGGCACACCAGGGGAGCGAACAGGAAACACAAGCAGAUCGUCUCCAUGAUCCAACUGGAUGGCAUGGGACCAGUGCCUUACGGCUCGUGCAUGGAAGUGCCUGGGGUGGAAGAGAUUCCUGAGGAGAGCGAGAGGCAGUUAGCAGAGGAGCUCCAGGAGAAGCCCCUGGCCACAGCAGGGGAUCUCCACAGGCAGCCCCUUACCCCUACGCAGCAGACAGCGCCGAAAAGUCCAGGCUCGCCUGAAAGUGUGGAGGAGAUCCGUCAGCUGAUCAGUCCUGUGCGGGAGGUGGUUGUGCCCCUCUCAGAGGAGGGCGAGUCGGUGCUAAGCAGAGAGAUGGUCCCUUUAGAGGAGGGAGAGCAAAUAAAGGCCAUCACCUCUGUAAAGGAGGUGUUGGUGAGGAACUCUGCAGUUGCAAGCGCGAUUCAAGAGCUGGACACGGCAGUGCUGGGGGAGGAUGAUGGCGAGGGACUGGUGGAAUAUGCCGUGGACUCUGAUGUGGAACUGGGCCAGCCCUUCACUGGCUCCGGGCCUCAACACCAUGACGACAGUGGAUUUCAAUCUCCGACCAAUGAGCACGGGGAGGAAGAGAAGCCUUGGCCAAUCGCAGGGAGGUAUAAGGCAGGAGCAGCGGUGGUGGAUCCUGGGCAGGUGAUGGUGACACUGGAGCAGGAGAGUUGUAUCCUAUGAGUCCAAACCAAGCGUGAUGAUUGGAGAAACUACAGGAGAUGAGUUGGAGGUUAUAUCAAGAGAUUUAAAUUAGGACCAAAAAAACCCAUUUCUUUAAUUUUAAACUGAAGAUUAAAGAUGGGUUUUGUUUAUUUUUGUCUUGAUUGUGUCUCAGCUGACCGUUUUAUGAUUAGGUUUGCAGACAGCCAAUCAAGCAUUGUCUUUCAUUUUAAAUAGAGUCAAUCGUCUCUUUUUUGUUUGUUUGUUUUUCGGAUAAAGUUUAGGAGGUUGAAUUAUGAGUCAAUAUGAAUUUUCUUUUUUAAUAUUUGUAUAAAUAACCUCUCUUGCUUUGUUUGACUUCUCCUGUUCUUUGACUCAAAUUACAGAUUUUGUUUUCCAUGUAAGUAUGAUUUUAGAGGGCUGACCUAGUUUAGAACCUAAUCUUUACACUAUCUUGUUGUUGAGGGAACCAAAUGAAAUCUGCAGUAUAUUGAGUUUUUCUUUGUUUAGACAAUGGAAUAUGAGCAUAUUCCAACAUUAAUCAUUAUCUGAGUAUUUCAAUACAAGAAGAAAUGAACAAUGUUUUUGGUCUUGAAAUAGAAUUUUCUUCUUUUUUUUUUUUACACUAGUGCUUCUAUAUGGAGUUGUUUCAGUUCUUAGUGAAAACUGCCAUGCUGGAAGAAUGCAUUCAUAUUUUGACCUUUUGUGUAGCACCAAACAACUUAUCUUUCCGUUCCUCCAGUAGUUAAAUUUUUGCAGUGAGCCAUGACUCAGGUGCCUUCAUGGGGCUGGUUUCAGCUCGCUCCACUCUGUGUACCUGCAGAUACUGGUAUGUUCAGUCAGGCUUCACUUUUGUUUUGGUUUGUUUAACUUAGUUCUUCUGUUCAAUCACUAAAGUAGCAAUGAUCCUUCACCAGCCCAGUUCAUGGCUAAUGAACAGAGAAAUUCCCUUUUUGGCAAAGUAUAGAUUCAGUAUAGGCAUUUUUAAAAUUGUAUUUAAAAAAAAAAACCUUCAAUCCUAUUUUGGUGUCCAUGAAAAGCUUAAUAAACAAGCUGUUCUUUCUUUUA